AUGAGCAAGGCAAGCGGCAACGACCUAUUCAACUUUCAAAAGGGUACAACGACACUUGGUUUUGUUUUCGACAAAGGUGUCAUUCUGGCGGUCGAUUCCAGGGCCUCCAUGGGAUCCAUCAUAGCCACGCAAAACAUCAGCAAGGUCAUCGAAAUCAACUCCUAUUUGCUGGGAACUAUGGCCGGAGGAGCUGCUGAUUGCACUUACUGGGAAAGGCACGUGGCGAAGCUAUGCCGGCUUCACGAACUCCGCAACCAGGAGCGGGUCACUGUAUCACACGCGGCACAAAUGCUUGCUAAUGUGUUCUUCUAUUUCAGAGGGUACGGACUCUCGGCCGGAACUAUGAUCGCCGGAUGGGAUAAAGGCAAAGGGCCUAGUCUGUAUUAUAUCAGUGACAGUGGCGAAAGAGUAUCUGGGAAGCUAUUCAGUGUGGGAUCCGGAUCUCUAUUUGCCUAUGGUGUCAUCGAUCAACACUACAGGAGCGACCUAUCCCUAGAGGAGGCAGUGGAACUCGGCAAACGUGCUAUAUAUCAGGCAGCGCACAGAGAUGCCUACUCAGGCGGUUUCGUCAACCUCUACCAUGUCCACGAAAACGGGUGGACCAAAAUCGUAGACUACCAGGACGUCAACGAACUCCACUACAAAUACUGCAAUGAAAAGGGAGUUCCAGGUGACUCCAUGUGA